AUGGAACCCCCUUCUCCAAGCGCAGAUCUAUUACUGCCCGUUGCACUAGACCAGCGAGCUCGCAGCAACCCUCAGGGCGUCUGGGCCAGAUUUCCUAUUUCCGAUAAUACUUACAAAGAUGGGUUUCGUAUAGCCACAAACCAUCAAGUAGCCAAUGCAGUCAAUCGCAUAGCAUGGCUACUUGAAGAGGAGCUAGGACGAGGAAAAGAAUUCGAGACUGUCGCUUAUAUUGGGCCCAAUGACUUACGAUCCUAUAUUGUACUGCUGGCGGCGAUUAAGGCCGGAUAUAAGGCAUUUUUCCCCUCACCACGCAACAGUAAUACAGCGCAUGUCAAUCUCCUUGAGCGGCUAAAUUGCCAAACUCUGCUUUCGACUAGCCCGGAGCUGCCAUGUGUUCCUCAAAUUUUGCAGAAUCAUAGUCAACGGCAGAUUCACAUUCCCAGCCUCGUAGACCUCCUGAGUAGUGACAAUGUCCCUCACCAUGCUUAUGAAAAGUCAUUCGAGGAGGCCCAAGAUGACCCUAUUUUUGUUCUACAUACCUCUGGCUCUACAGGAAUACCCAAGCCACUUGUUUACACGAACGAGUUUACCAGUCGAUUCGCAAAUGCGAUGUCGCUCCCAGCACCCAAGGGACACGUUUCCUUAGCAGAGAAAUUUCUAAAAGGAAGCUUUUUUACUGUGCUCCCAGCAUUUCAUGUUGCUGGUAUUGGAUUUUGUCUCAUCGCGCCAUCGUUCAGCGAGUGUAUUCCAGUAUUCCCUCUCCCAGGGAAGCCCCCUACCACAGAUGGCUUUCUAGAGGCUGUCACACACGGCGAUUUCGAUUGGGCUUUUCUUCUGCCUAACAUAUUAGACGAUCUGAGCCAAGACCCCUUGGCGCUUGAGAUGGUGUCAUCCAAGCUCGAGUAUCUAUAUUACACGGGCGGCAGUCUUCCUCAGGUAGCUGGCGAAACUAUUUCUGAGAGAAUCCCGGUUCAUCAAUGCAUGGGCUCAAGCGAGAAGGCCGGCCUCCCAUUGAUUCAACCAGAGGGUAGUCAUUCUAAGGAUGACUGGAUGUACAUCCAAGUUCAUCCAGCUGUUCAUGCCGAAUUCCGCCACCGCUUUGAAGACUUACAUGAGUUGGUGAUUGUCAAAAACCAGGACUCUGAGCGAUCCCAGCCGGUAUUUACCCAUUUUCCUGGAUUGGAUGAGUACGAGACGAGAGAUUUGUUCAGUGCUCAUCCGACUUUGGCGGACCGGUGGAUGCAUCGCGGUCGCAUUGAUGACAUUGUGGUAUUUAGCAAUGGCGAGAAGACGAACCCCGUCACAUUUGAACAAGAAGUGAGCCGUCAUCCUGAAGUUCGCUCGGCUUUAGUGGCUGGCGACCGUCGAUUUGAAGCAUGCUUGCUUGUAGAACUCCAAGAUCCGGGUCCCUAUUCAUCAGAAGAGCAAGCCCGGAUUAUCGAACGGAUAUGGCCGGCUGUGAAAGACGCCAAUAGCCGAUGUCCGGCUCACGCUCGUGUCUCGAGAGCGCGAUUUAUGUUCACUCAUGCGACUAUGCCUAUGCCGCGUGCGGGGAAGGGCACAGUUCAAAGACAAGCUACUUUGGAUUUAUAUUCGCCACUUAUCGAUGGUUUAUACGAGACUAGAGGAGAUGAGCCGACUAUGUUGAUCAAAAAUUCAGUUGAUCUAUCCGAUCUACAUUCAGUUACUGAGACAGUUCGCAAACUUGUCUUGGACCUGACCGAGUGGAAUGAGCUCCAAAACGACCAGGAUUUCUUUACUUUAGGCAUGGAUUCCUUGCAAGUACUGCAGAUUAGUCGGGAGCUCAAAUCCCUAGGUCUAGAAAGUAUCGCACCGAGCAGGGUCUACAAUAAUCCCUCUGUCGAACUGUUGGCGUUGAGCAUUCUGCGCAAUCACGGGCAGGCCUCUCCAUGCAACGAAGAUCCCGAACAUAACCGACUUCAAGCAAUGGCUUCAACUUUACAGGAAUACGAAAACGAGAUUGGUGAACUUCAAAAAGAAUUUGGGAAAGCCGAACCUCGCCCGAACGCGCCUGACUCGGAGGUGGUAAUUCUCACUGGUUCAACAGGCGCCGUGGGGUCGUACAUUCUGCACGAAAUUUUGCAAAACAAAGCGAUAUCUCACGUCUACUGCCUAAACAGAAACAGUGACUCCCGUGUUGUUCAAGAAACCCGCAAUGCCCAGCGCGAAAUCCCGGCCAUAUUCCCGGAUGCUCAAGUUACAUUCCUUGGAGUUGACCUGAGCAAACCAAAGCUCGGCCUCGAAAGCAGCGUUUAUGAUACAAUGCUGUCAACGACCACUCAGAUCAUUCACAAUGCCUGGCCCGUCAAUUUCAAUCAACAGCUUCAUUCGUUUCAGCCAAUCUUGGACGGUGUUUUUAAUUUGAUUUCUUUCGCCACCCGUGCCAAGUGGACCCCAUCGUUGUUCUUCCUUUCCUCCAUUACCGCCGUCGCUAACUACCACGAUGUCCCCGGCGCAGAGGCCCAAGUUCCAGAGACCGUAGUGACGAAUCUUGCUUGUCCCGGUCAUAUGGGAUAUGGCGAGAGCAAGUAUCUGGCCGAGCGAAUGCUCGACUAUGCCGCUGUACACCUUAAUAUCAAGACCGGAGCCGCACGAGUGGGUCAGGUCGCUGGAACGGCGCAAAAUCCUCGUGGGUGGAAUCAACACGAGUGGUUCCCUAGUUUGGUAGUGAGCUCAAAGGCUCUGCGGGCCCUUCCCCUAUCGCUUGGAGCCUUCGAGGAUGCCUCCUGCAAGAGCGGACUGAUGGAUUCAGUGGAUUGGGUUCCUAUUGAUCAGCUUGCAUCCGUUCUUGUGGAGCUUUCCAUGCAUCUCUCGACUCAACCUGCUGCCGCGGGCAUACAGAUCUCUCACCCCCUCAACCCGCAUCCCAGACAGUGGAAGACUAUUGCGCCUGUUGUUGCAUCGACUAUCCAAGCAACUCUGGCAGCGUCGCACGGCGGUGACUCUGUAGACUCAGAGAUCCGGCUGGUGAACUACGCUGAAUGGCUGGAUCUGUUGCGAUCUAGCUCCAAUCGCCUUGAAACGGGUGAUAAAAUUCUAAUUCUCCGUGAAGUCCCAGCUAUUAAACUGUUGGAGUUUUUCGAAGAAAGCCUUGUGCUUAAGCUCACGGAUCAAGCCCCUCGACAGUUGCUCGUUGAUCAUGCUCUUAAGGUUAGCCAUUCGCUGCGAUCCUUAGAGUCUAUUCGUGAUGAGUGGGUUGAGGGAUGGGUGCGUGGUUGGAUGCCAUAA